UGGAAAGGAAGCGCGUUUUCAAUUUCGCUCUAGUGAUCGCACUAGACGGAGGUGUCCCAAGUUAGUUCUGCAGCGUUUAUCUAAAUGAUUGUACGCGAAAGUCCGAACCGAAUCGGAGUGAUGCGGUGCGUGUUUAGAAUCAUUUACCUUGAUCACCUUGAUCUGCAGUGCUAAAAAUAUUACAUGCUACGCAAUUAAUGUGCAUAAUUAACAGAGGGAUUAGGCCCACUUUACGCAAUUAUAUCCCAAUCGAUGGUGAAACUCGAGUGUUAAUUCAGUGUGUGCGCAAUGUCCGUGUGUCCAAAUUCGCCCAGGUUGAUCCUGGAUAUUAGUAACAAUCAGUUUGACGGUCCUCAGCACCCAGCUAAUGUAAGUGGGGUGAAUGAUCAUUCUCCCAAAAUGAUCAAAGUUGAGUCAUACGAGAACUUGGAUAAUUCCAGUAUGAACCAUCAUACCCAUCAGCAACAUCAUCAUCAUCAUCAUCAGCAUCAGUUGGGACCUCCGCCUCAUCAUCCGCAGCCAAUGCAACCCACGCCAGACUUCACAACCAUGGUAUCUUCCCAGUCUUCCGUGCCAUCUACGAUUUACGUCUAUCAAUCUCCCUCGAUUGUAACUACUCACGUCGUUCCGGUUGUUGAUCCCGUGAACGUUCCUCGUGGUGACAUUUUGACAACGACUUCAAACGCUGCUACAGUCUGCAAAAAGCGAAAACUCGACGCCGACUACGAUUACGAAUUCGAUCAAUCAUCGCUCAGUCCCCCUGGUCCAGAUAAACGAACACGUUACGAUGGCAACGGAUAUAGUUAUACCCCAGGAGACUACAUUCCUGCCAACAACUAUGUCGUCAUACCAGAAUUUGCCAAUCUGGAUGAUGGUGCUACGUCCACUAAACUGAUAAACAGUGGACAAGUUUCAUAUAUGGAUUACGGAAUCUACUACCAUAACGAUACACCGUGCAGCAUGGAACAGGAUGCGUCCUCCAUUUCGGUAUCAUCUAGUCCAAACAAGGUGGACGACUCAAUCUACCUCACAAAUCCACCACCGUCCUCCUGCAUGAUCACAAGCACCAUCCAAUCCAUCCCGACACCUCCCGCUUCAACUCAUCCCUACAGUAACUCGUCGCCAACAUCUUCAGUAAGCACAAUCACUACCAGCACCAGCACCUCAACUAAUUCCAGUCAGCCGGAAGUUACCCCCAGUGAAGAGAAGUCACACAUCCGGCAAGCAUGUUGCGCCAAAAAAUCGCGCAGCAAUCGAAUCCGCAAGCGACACAUCCGGGAGUCGAUCAGUUACGAGGAACUGCAAACCCAACGGGUUAUGGCAAACGUCCGGGAGCGGCAGCGGACCCAGAGCCUGAACGAGGCAUUCGCCUCGCUGCGGAAAAUCAUUCCAACCCUGCCGAGCGAUAAGUUGAGCAAAAUUCAGACGCUGAAAUUGGCAUCCAGGUACAUCGACUUUCUCUACCGAGUCCUGUCGAACAAUGAGCUACCGCUGCUGGAAGAAACCCAGAAGAACUUGGCCAACUCGGGCACCACCAGCGGUGCACUGCAGUUCAACGGAAGCGGAAUCCUGGCCCACGAGAAGCUGAGCUACCUGUUCAGUGUGUGGCGCAUGGAGGGGGACUGGAGUAACGGGAGUAGCAGCACCGGAAGCUGCAGCGGUAAGGAGUGAUUGAUGCCUCCACCCAUUACUGAUAGAAAGUAUUAUUUUGUACGCUAAGGUACUGUUCCUAAAUGACGAGAGGAAAACCAAAACGCAGGGGGCUAGACUAACGGUUUGUUGAUCAAAUGUAUGUAAAUAUGCGCCAUGAGCGCUGGAGCAGCUUCGUCCAAAGAAAAAAAAAGUGCUUAGAUAUUUCUCUUAUGAAAUGAAAACUAUUCCAAAUACACAAAUAAUUAAGUUAGUGUAAGAAAAUAUGUGCUGAAAGCCAAGAAUAUGACCUAUACAAUUGUGUUAAGUGUUGUUAUGAACUACAGUAACUGCUGAGAGUAUCAUUCGUUUUGACAAGGUCAAAGCAGAGCCGAUACUUCGGAAACUAACUCUUGCCGAGUCGGGUAUACUCACUUUAGAUGUAACUCUAAUGUUCAACUAUACCGAGCUCCAAUAAUAAGCAUUUCCAUUUUAAUAUCUAUUUUACUCGUUUCUCUUCACUGUCCUAUGUUAAAUGUGUAGAUGAUAAGAUUGGAAAAUAAGUGCCACAGUAACGAUGAAAAGAGGCCAAAGGAAUGCCAAAAUCAAAUAUAAAUAAAAUGACAAUCCGUCAUUCGAAGUUUA